AAAUAAACUAUGUUGUUUGAAAAAAUUUAACACACAUCCUAUACUAUAAACGAGCAAUUAUUGUAUGUACCUAUAUAAAUAUAUUGGUAUGUAAUUGGUUUCUCGGAAACGGAUCUAACGAUUGUGAUGAAAUUUUGGAUUUAGAAAUUCAUUCACAUUUAAAAUCAAUCUAGGAUAGUGUCAUCACCUGCCGGCACCUUCUUUAUGCAACACCUCUACUUUAACUUUUAUACAAAUAAAUCAUCGUCGUUUAAUAAUUCUAGGUUGCUUUCAUUUGCGACGUUCGAAAAAUCUUCAUCUUCAGCAUCUUCCUCUGCUUCGAAUAACGGCAAUCGAUCUGCAUCAAUUGGUUGUAAGAGCUCGCAAACAGCUGAAGGCAAGGGAAAUCGCUUAGAAUAUUUUCGACGUUGGCUGAUAUUUGCCAUAGAAAUAAACGGGUCUGAUGAUUCUAGGGCACGGUGAAAGAGGUCCGUCAUUGUGGUUCUCCUGUUCAUUUUUCGGCAAUGAUGCUCUCUGUCUGAACGCCAGAAUUUAUUUCGGGACUCAGCUGCUUGUUCAGAUAGCAUACCGAUGGGCAGUGCACUGGACGCAAUAAUUUCUUCACCGUGCAUGAGGAUUUUAUGAACUGUUACUGUCAUAACUUCUUAAAACCGCAAAAGUGAAACUUGAUUUUGUUAUGGGUGAUAGAACUUGGCUUAUAGAACCUUUCUGUACUAAAUCCAGGUUCCACUUUUGCCGAUUAUUGGAGAAAAAAAUUAAAAAUCGAAAUGUAAAAAAACUAUAUUUCUUGGAAACUAGGACACUUAUAAAUAAAAUAAAAUUACAAAAUUAUGCCAUCAAUAAUUCCUUAGCAAGUGGCAAAUAUCUCAUGGACAGAUAUGGAACCGUCUUUUGAGGAAAUUAAAUUGUUAAUUUUUUCAUGCGCAAAUUUCAAAAACUUUACUACUUCAUAUCUUUUUUUUUUACUUAAAAUAGUGAUCUGGGAAUUGAACUCUUGCCUUUAUUAGGGUUUAAAUAAUUGAUUUAUGCAAAAACCUUAAGGUGUAAAUAUUUUUGGUUCUAUAAAACACUCGGUGUCAACCCUAGCAUAAAAAUUUAAAAAUUAAUAUCUUCUAAACGCCGCAAAAGUGACACGUGGCUUAUUUAUGUAUGAUAGACCACAUCCGUAGGUUUAUUUCUAUCUAAGUUCUAGGUUCCACUUUUUCGUUUUUAGGGAGAAAAAACAAUAAAUACGAAAUACAAAAAAAAAAUGCUGCUCCCAAACCAAUGCAUUUUUUUAAGCUAAAGAAACGCGUUUAUACGCCUCUGAUUAUGCCCGAUUGACACAUAUUUAUUAAAAAAAUUAAUAUUUACUUUAUAAAAAAAUAUUCUAGAUUUCAUAGGUCAAAGGUCACGAUAAGUUCAUGAUUUUUUUUCUCAAAAAGUAUUUGAGUUAGACUUCUGUAAAUUGAACUCAUGCCUUUUUAGGGUAUAAAUAAUCUAUUUAUGUAAGAACCUGAACAUGUAAAUUUUUUUGGUUCCAUAAAACACUGUGCGUUGGUGAUUGGUAUUUAUUUUGGUGUUGGAAAACCAAAGCAAAUUGACGAAUAUUUAAAUGAUUUUGUAAACGAAAUUGACAACCUAAUUAAAAAUGGAACGUACGUUGAACAAAUCAAGAGUAAAGUAUCUAUAGGAAUAAGAUGUUUUAUAUGCGAUUCUCCUGCGAGAGCUUACAAUAAAGGUAAUAGAAUUGAAACAGUAGAAUAUAAGUAAAUCAUUAUGCAUAAAUAUAAAAAUAUUGCAAUUCACUUAAGUAAUGCUACUACUUUUCUUUCACUUAAGUAAUGAACUAUGAGAAUCACUUUAUUUAUUUCUUUACAAAUUCUAGGACGCAAAUCUACAAUAAUUGCUUUGAAAUUUCUAAAAAAUAAUAUUUAAUUACCUUAUUUAAUAUCUCUUCCUUGGUUAUUUUGCUGGCGCGUUUAUUUUUUAUCACAAAACAUAUAUAUGUCCACAAUAAAUUUAUUUUUGCACGAUAAUGCACUGUACCCUGCGCCUAUCGAAUCUCCAAAUCUUUAAACACAAAGCGUUUAUAAUAAAUGUCACUUUGAUCAAAUCAAAAUGAUAAACGCCACCAUUUAAAUAUAUCUUCUAUUUCGUUUUAAUUCUUUUGUAACUCUGUUCAACAGACUUUUUACAACGUAAAGCUUAACAAGUGAGUUACAAUGUAGUAAUUGGAGUGUAUUGGGUUUCCUCGAACACCAUAGUACAGCCGCAAAACAGCUAUUAUGCAGCCUAUUUUAUGCUUAUACAGCUACUGUACAGCUAAUAUAACGCAAAACGCUGUAUAAUUUGUGCCAAUUUCAGGGGUAUAAGGGUUGUAUAAGCGCUUAUACAGCCUUUAUGCGGCCAAGAGAUACAGCAUUAAGAGUAUAAACGAACUUUAAUAGAGCUGUUAUACAGCUUGUGAUGCUGCUUGGGAAUGUAUUAAGCGCAGUUAAUUUCAAAUUAUGUACCUGAAUCAGUUAAACUAUUUUUUCUGAGGCAUUUCUUACGUAAGUUCUAUAAUUUAGUACCUAGAGGUACACUCAGGAACCUAUGUAGGUACGCCGCGCCGUUUGCGAAAAUGUAUUUUUUACCGAGUUCCUUGAGCAAUCUUAAACGAAUAACUGUUAUUUGGACCAAUUGUUUUCCACGCUAUAACAAUGUGACAUAUUUCACUUGCUAACAACAGUCAUUGUUAAAUACUACUUAUUUAGGUAGGUAAGUAGCAAUACCUGCGUAGGUAGGUUUUUUAUGCUAAAAGAGUUGCGACCACCACCACCAUCAGCCUAUAGUAUAAACGCUUGCGAUACCAAAAAUGUCACUCGCGCCAUUGCCUACCUUGACCCAAUCCCCUAUCUGUUAAACCCUGGAAACUUACUCACCGAUAGAAACUCAAUUAAGAUUACCAAAAGGUAGUUUAGUUAGGUAGGAUAGUUUGUCUCCCCCCUUUUUGAGAACACUCCCCUUACUGCACCAGCUAGUAUCGGUAUUCUUGGCGUUGACAUAUCAAGCGACAUCCAGUUUCAAGUUCAUCUGGAUGGCAAGGCCAAAUUAGCCUUGAAAAAGCUUAUUGUGCUCAAUAGAUCGAGGAGGUACUUCACACCGGCCCACUAACUGUAACUGCCACUUAAUAAAGUGCAGGUUCGGCCUCACAUGGAUUCUCAUCUUUGAACGGGGGCACCCCAGUACCAGCUUCUCCCUAUGGAUCGCAUCCAGCGUCGAGCGGCUUAAUUGUCGACGACCAGAAUCUUUCCGAUAAGUUUAACCCUUUGGCUUUGCGUGGAGAUGAAGCUUCGCUCUGCCACAGCCCCGCCUGCCCUCCCUGCUAUGUCACUUCGACAGCAUCUUCCAUAUAUUAUAUAACUAUGAAUAGAACUUGUUUUAGUAGUCUGUAUUACACUUUGGUAAUGGUAAGUAAGUAGGUACAGAGGCGAGUUUAGAAAUCGGAUGCACUAAACUGGCAAAUCCCUGUCCAAACUAUGACUGUCAUAGUCAUUGAUAAAAUGAUAAAAAUUUAACUCACAAAGACCUUAAGUUAACUCGCUAAUGUAAUAACCGAAGGGUAAACCAGCAAGAGACUCGUACAUCCAUACCAUAGAUUUAUUAUUAUUUACUUAAGUUUCCGGCGUACCUGAUGGCGUCGUUUUUUUUUUGUGGCGCAGGCAAUACCUCUGUUUACAGACGACGGCGUCUUUAAAAAAGGCACACCGCGGAACGGACCUCACACCUGGCUCCCGCAAACCUUACGAGCCCCCACAGUGGCUGCCCACUGAGGACCUCGUAACUCUUACGGGCGCUUUACGGCAUAAUAUCCGCUAAAAAACCCUGCGAAUACCCUCUAAGCUGCUUAGUACGAAACCGCGGGAUCCCCGUUUAAGGAUUCUGCCGCGUCUCCGCACCCAGCAGCCUCCCGGCCUUGCCGGGGCUCCACGGCAGGGGUCUCCCGAGGUAUUGCGGGGACCCCGCAGACGUGCGCAGGAUGGCCCGCGCGUGGGGACAGAAUACGCGGCCUAGUGCCCACCGUACCGCCCCCCGUCCGCUGCGGAGGACUACUUGGGCGUGCCCGUGUAGCUCCCUCCGCCGCCCCCCUCUUUGCAGGACAGAACUACAAGAUGGGGGCUGCCAUCACGGGAUCCCUCGGUGGCCGGCACGGCACAAUGCGCCGUACCGGCCAGCUAGGGAUCCCACCUGAUGGCGUCCUGGAAGUCCAACUACAAAAAAAUCUGAUUUUAUUUCAUUCAGAGUCCAGCAUAUUUACCCAGAACUGAAAUAAUAUAUGUAUAAACAACUACUGUAGUAAACUUUUAAAAUCGUCCAAAGUUCAAAUUCUUUCUUCUUUUUGCUAAACUGAUGUUUAAUCAAGUAUCUACGUACAAACUAUAAUUACUUUAAAUGUAUUUGUAUUUUAAUUAUGUAAUAACUAAUAAUUUUAAAUAGCAUCACUAUUAUAAUAAUUAAGUGUUGGCAUCAAAUUUAAAUUAAUACAUAAAUUACUAUAAUCGCGGCACGAUAUGAUGGCCGUUUUGAGACAUUGCAAUAGUGACGCGAAAAGUUUCUGAUUAAAACAAAAACAUACAUUUUUACUCACGCUCAGCGAUCUUAUUAAUUUCAUGUACCUAAUAACAUCCUGUCAAAGGGCCGGUGUUUUUGAAUUAAAAGUGAAAUUACAUUUAAUUGUUUUUAAUUUUGAAAAGAUUUUCGUAACCUUAUUAAAAGUCUACGAUGAUUUUAUAUAGUUUUGUAAAAUUUAAAUAUUGCACCCUAAAAUUACCGAUUCUAUAAAUAUGACUAAAUGCGCGUCUCUAAUGAUAAUGAAGAAAAUAAUUAUUUCUUUUAAAUGUAGAACGAAUUUCGAAUUUAGAAUAAGAAACUUCAUGAAACGCCGCUACUAUAGUAAUGGUAAAUACUCUAUUAUAUAAGAUAAACUUAAGUACAAAAAUAAGUUUGGCAUAACAAUUAAAAAUCCUUUGCCGGCUUAACCGGCUUAUUUUAAAAUAGCAAACGUCAUUGAACACGUUGGCUUUGUUUUGCUGAAUUUCAAACAGCUGUUAUGUUUUUGCAGUACACUACGUUAAUGUGAAGUUCUGAAGAAAAUGAACAGAAACUACGGUGCUAGAAGAGCUGCAGAGUUUCACGAUGAACACUGCUGCGCGGGAAACGCUGUCGGCAACUUUCGACGAACCUCUUCACUGCGCCUGCGCGGUGAAAAAAUGGUGCAGCGUUCGCCUCUUGCAACGAGAAAAUUAAUUCCUGUAAUCACGGAAAAUUCUCACCAGAAACACCGAAGCGAUGGGGCUCGCCUCGUGGAGCCUGGCCAUCGCCAGCGGAGUCACUCAUUCAAUUCCAAUUCUCAACAAAAACCCAGAAAAAGUUGCCUGAAGCAGGAGAAUGAUCUGGAUGGCAAGUUGAACAUGACAGACUCUGCACAUACUCCACCUGGAUCUCCUGAAGACCUGCCAGAUGAUGAGUCACUACACAGCUAUGGAAGUGCUGCUACAGCUGCAUCAAUCGAUGCUGGUUAUGCACCUUUCAAUGGCACCACUUUUAGUGGAAGGUCGAUGCGAUAUGUCUUGCAUUGCUCAUCACAUGCUGGACUCGCUGGAGAAGAUUAUCUCACCCCUACCCAAAGAGCUCAGAAACAAAUACGCCGUCUCAAGAGUCUACUUUGCCAAGCAAAAAAAGAUUUAGAGAAAAAAGACAGUGAAAUAUUUCACCUCACCAAAGAAGUAGUUGAACUACGUCUUUACAAAGCAUCAAUAUGUUCCCCUGACGAAAAAUCAAACUCCAGUGAAAUAGUGACAAUAAGAGAAAAUGCUGAUGAUGCUUCUAUUGAACAAGAAAGUCCAAAACAUAAUAAAUCUUGCAGAGAUUACGAUAUCACAGAUAGCCCUCUAUUCAAAGAUGAGACACCAACCAGAUGUAGAAAUGAAAUGCAAGGUUCAUUUACUGAUUCAGGGCAUUUUGACGAUCUUACUAAUUCAUCUUUGCAUUCUAAGGAAUCUGUCCACAUGUUAACCCAUGACAUAUCUUGUAUGACGGAUGUUUGUGAAGGUGAGGAGGAACGGCGUAGUUUAAUUGAAUUUUAUGAUAAAAAAAUAGAAGAUGUGAUGCGUGCACAUGUUGGAGAGACCCAAGAACUAAAGCAGACCCACAAUGACAAAGUAGAAGCACUGCUGCAAAAACUGGCAGACAUGAACACUAGAUACUGUGAGUUGUUGCCUAAUUAUGAGCAAGCUAAGGAAAGAAUCCACAGUUUGGAGAAGCAGCUGGAAGAGGCUAGUAAGCAAUUACAGGAUGAAGACGCCCGUCACCGCUCCAUGUACCUGCAAAUGUACAACAAAGGUGUGCAAGCUGCUAAAUUUGAGAUAGAAAAGGAUGAGGCAGGUCCGUCCCAAGGCCCAGUGAGCAGAGUGUCAGUGGAGGAGCUUCUAGAGCAAUUGCAGAUCACUCAGACUGAGCUUGAAAAUGUCCGAGUAAGCAUUUUCUUAAGUUUGUGUUGUUAUCUCAUGUUCAUGCAUUUAAAACAACAAUAGCAAUCACAUUGAAAGACAAUCCUUGACUUCAGAGACUGUUUUGUGACCUUUGAAACACUUGUAUUGUUACUUACAAGCAUUCAAUUAUUUACUUAAUUAACAUUUAUCCAAGGAUCUUGUUCAAUGUGAUUCUUAACAGUUCAUUCAUUUUAGUUCCUUCUUGCUGUAUUAAUAUUUCUAACAUUUCAGACUUCUUAUUUAUGCUGAAAGUUAUUUGAAAAUUGAAAACUAUUAACCGUAAUAUGAGUUGAAAUUAACCCACCACAUUGUACACCUAGUGUGGAGUAGAGUGUGCAUGUAGUGGCGAUUAACAGGCAUCUGCUUUAACAAAUAGUGCAUUACAGGACACGGCAUUCACAACGGACCGAACAGCAAAGUCGCAAGUACUUCUAAGUGCAAAGGAGGCUGUUUCUUUAUGGGUCCUAGGAGCUCGAAAGGCCAUGUACCGUCGCAUUGUAGAAUCGCAGAAGGGCAACAAGACGUCUGUAGACCCCGAAGUUACACUACAGUUCCUCAAAUCAGCUAUCUACUACUUCCUCACUGACCCUGAAAACCACCAGGGACAUCUGAACGCUAUCGAAAACAUUCUAGGAUUCACUGAAGCAGAAAAGAAAAAUAUACGCAAGGCAAGAGCUACAUAAACUAAAGACUGCUGUGAACGUGUGAUAAUGUCCUUAUAUAGAUUAAUUUUGUUGCUAUUUAGAUAGACGUUAAUUGUUGCAUGUCGUCAGUGACGAUAUAGCGAAUAUAUUAAAAUAGAAUAGUUGUGUGCACACUAUGAUAUAAGCGGUCUAUUUUUAGCAUAAUUUACACAUAAUAAUUAUUUUCUACUUUCUUUUUGUCUUUUAAUAAUUUUAUUGAAAAAUAUGCUUGGGUUUUGUAUAACUUUUUCAUAGAUUAGGGCCAAAGAUACCAGUUUCCUAUAAAAUGCGUGCAAUUUUAUUUUUUAGUUUCUAAGAUAAAAGUACAUUGAACCAAAUCAUCAUUCCUUGUUGAAUAGACAUUAGGUUUAAGUGUUAUGUUUUCUAGUUAUUUUUUCUAAUUGUUUGUUGUGAUUUUGUUGCUCUGCAUGCUGGUCAUGGCAUUUUUUAAAUUGCAAAUCGCAUGGUCAGUGCUUAAUAAUUAUCAUGGAACACAACUCAUUUAAAAUAUUUCGUGGAUAAAUUUGUUUUAAAAUGAUUGUUCCUCUUUUCAACAAGUUAUACCUAUUUAUUCAAUCUUUUAAAUCAAAUUUAUCAUCGUAAUAAAUUUAUUAGCUAAACAAGUUCCUCAACACCAUUAUCUUGCCGCUGAAAAGUUACAUCUGUGAUUUAUGAAUAGUGUACUUAUUUUAAAUUUAUAAAUUAUGUUACGAAUAAAAUUAUUUACGACAGCGUAUUAAAUAUAGAUGUAAUAAUUGGUUAGCGGUUUCGUCACAAUUUGAUUACAGUUAAAUCUGCGUUUUCUAUACUAGAAUUAUAUCUAGUAUUUUUUACACUCGAAUAUUUUAAGUGUUGAAAUACAGUCAAGGUUACGACAGUAGUUAUAACUCGUGUCAUCAAAAAAAGGAAUCGCAAAUGAGGACGCAAACUUAAGACAUUCUGUCCCUCUCACAUGUACUAUCGACGUGUAACGUACGAUGUAACGUGCGAGAGAGACAGAAUAUCUUGCGUGGGCAUUUUCGAUUCCUUUCUUUAAUGACACAAGUUAUACAUUAGCUAUACGAUUAUCGCUCUUAUUGCCGCAAAAUAAACUUGCUAUCAAGUGCAUGCAUGCAUUAUUCUAACCAUCGACGAGUCCUUGACUGUACAAUGACCUUCAACAUGUUACUUGAUCUCCAAUUUAACUAGCAUCAAAUUGUUAUGAAAUUUCUGUUUAAGAGUUUAAAUCGCUCGCUAGUAUGAAAUUGUUUUUUUAACUUACUUUGUUGAAUGGGGCUGGGAAUUUAAUAUUCAGACAGGUUGAUUAAACUCAAAGGUAACAUCCAAUAGUUUUAGACAAAAUUGUACCUAAAAGUUAAGCUUCCAACUUUACAUAGAAUAUGUAGUUAUGUAAACCUUAUUACGUUACACUGGUAAUGUAUUUGACAUUCACUGUAAUAAGAGUAAUUUUUCUGUGACAUAAUUUGCUUGCUUUUGUUCCCAUUAAAUUACAG